AUUGGCUUGUUGCAUGAUUUAACUUCUUUGAAAAUUAAAGACUGCAAUUCUAUUGUAUGUAAAACUGUUUCAUCAGAAAUUGCAUGCAAUUUAAGAAAUGGAUUGCACAGUUAGCAAAGCCUUCUGUAGAUGUCUUCUUUGUUGCUCUCACUUUUCUUUGCUGCAAUUCUUCUGCUUUUUCCCUUCCAUGGCUGCUAACUGGAUAGACUGUUUUGCCGAGCAUGGCGUCCAGAGAGGACAGUCCUAUCUUUGAAGACGAUGACAGUCCUCCUUAUAGCCUGGAAAAAAUGACAGAUCUUGUAGCCGUUUGGGAUGUUGCUUUAAGUGAUGGAAUCCACAAGAUUGAAUUUGAACAUGGCACCACGUCAGGCAAACGCGUUGUCUACGUAGACGGGAAGGAAGAGAUACGGAAAGAAUGGAUGUUUAAGUUAGUGGGCAAAGAGACGUUCUGUGUCGGCGCCACCAAGACGAAAGCAACCAUCAACAUAGACGCCGUCAGCGGGUUCGCUUAUGAAUACACCCUGGAAAUCGACGGGAAAAGCCUUAAGAAGUGGAUGGAGAACAGGUCAGAGACCACCAGCACGUGGACACUGCGCCUGGACGGGGAGGACUGCAGAGUCGUCUUGGAGAAGGACACCAUGGAUGUGUGGUGUAACGGGACAAAGAUGGAGACGGCGGGCGAGUUUGUGGACGACGGGACCGAGACACACUUCAGCUACGGGCAUCACGACUGCUGCAUAAAGGCCGUGAGCAGCGGCAAGCGGAAGGAAGGCAUCGUUCACACUCUCAUCGUGGACAACCGAGAGAUCCCGGAGACGCUCGAGUGAGCAUGCGCGAGGCGCCGCCCUCGGAAGUGCGGCUCACACUUGUUCGUUACCCUGCCGAUGCGUGCACGUGUACGUCGGUACAUUUAGUCCGAGGUGUUUUUAUUUUUUAGUUACUUGAAGCUGUGAUGCCCCAAAGAUCAGAGAGGAAGUAUGUACAAUCAGAAUCACAAUUUAUUUUGUAAAUAAUGUAAACUUUUAAAGCCAAAUUGAAAAGAUAUAGACCCAAAUCACUAAUGUUUUACAGCAGUAGCUUUUACAAUAAUAAAAGGAAAUAAGGUGAAAUUGGUUUUAUUGCUGCUUGAUUUGCGCUUUUAAAAGGGGUAACCUGGCCCGACAG